AUGUGGAGAUGCCUCUCAUAUCAACGUGUAUUGAUGUAUGCACCUGUAACUGCUGGAAAAAUUGUAAAUGCAUGCGCAGUUAUACAUAACAUGCGUGUUCAUUAUCGUCUUCCUAUUCUGCCUUUCGAAGAUUGUAUUGAACAAGAUUCAGUUGGAGGAAAUAAUAGAAUUAAUGAAAAUAAUGAAAUUGAAGAUAGAAGAGGACCAAGGGUGGUUGCAAUGAGAAUACAGAAACAGUUAAUGGCAAACUGGUUCCCUAAUUAUGUUGAUGGUGAUCAAUAA